AUGUCGUAUAUUAACAUAUCGACAUUAUUACAAUAUCGUCCCCCUUAUCCUUACAGAUUUCCUUUAAGAAAUUUAAUUGGUUCAAAUGGUAAUCCUCCUUACGGAUUUACAGUUUACAGACACGCUUACAAUAUACUUAUCAACCAACAUGGAUAUAAUUUAAACAUGAAUAGAAUAUCUUUCGUCGCGUCUAUAUUAUGGAAACAAGAGCCUGCGAAUGUUAAAUUAUAUUAUCGUAAUUUAGCUAGAAAAAUUAGAACAAGUUCUAUAAUUUCCGGUAGACGUGGUAGACGAAAUAACGAUAGUCGAAGAAUUCCUCAACCUUCAUCGUCUCAACAGACUUCUCCUGUUCCGCCUGUUCCUCCCGCUUUCCCUGCUCCUGUUCCUCCUAUUACCCUUGUUCCUCCUGUUACACAACGCAAUACAUCCGAUAUUUAUAUUGAUUUUGAAGAGCUGGCCUCACACAUGAAUCAAGGAAUCCCCUUACCCACAACGACUACUUCUGUAUUUAACGUUUCUUCUUCAUUUGGGACUUCUCUUUAA